AUGAAAGCGAUCACGAAGAACUUUCGGCUUGGAUUUGGCUCAUUUAUCGAUAAAAAACUUAUGCCAUUCGUGGAUCCUCGACCGGAAAAGCAGUUAUCGCCUUGUCCAGAACAAUGUGCGCAACCAUAUGGCUUCAAAAAUCAGAUGAGCCUUACUAUGGAUACCGCAAGGUUUUCGAAAGAGGUUGAAGAAGCUGAAAUUUCUGGCAAUUUGGAUGCUCCAGAAGGUGGCUUCGAUGCUGUUGUACAAGCAUUGACAUGCAACAGCAGCAUUGGUUGGCGUGAACGUGCACGUAAAAUGAUUGUCUUCUCGACUGAUGCUGGAUUCCACUAUGCUGGCGACGGACGGGUACGUUUCGCAUCGUUUCAUUCUGCAGCAUAUAAAAUGGGUUUAAAACGUACUGGCUUAACCCCGCUGAUAACUUCGAAUGUUUGUACAUGGGAGGAAUUCAUUCAGAUGGCUGGCGUUGUUGUGCCGAACGAUGGACAUUGUCAUCUGGACAAGCAUGGCUACUACACGAAGUCUCUGGAUCAGGAUUACCCAUCAAUCGCUCUCCUCCAUCAAAAAAUAAAAGAACGAAAAGCAAAUAUUAUUUUUGCAGUCACCGAGAAAAAUAAGGAUCUUUACAAGCAGCUCAGCGAUGCGUUACCAGAUGUGAGCAGUUCGGUUGGUGUUCUGGCAGACGACUCGAGAAAUAUUGUCACUCUCAUCGAAGAAGAGUACAACAAAAUCUCACAAAAAAUUAUCAUGGUCGAUAACGCGAAUGCCAGUCAGGGAUUGCGGCUUUCUUAUCGUUCAAAAUGCCUCGACGGGCAUUCACUGAAAGAGACCAAUGUGUGUGAUGGGAUCAAAGUGGGCGAUGAAGUAUCAUUCGAGGUGACGCUGGAAUCGACACACUGCGUGAAGGAGCGCGAUUUUGAAUUGAAAAUUGGCCCGAGUGGCUUGGAUGAAACACUUCAAGUUGACGUUCAUGUACAGUGUGAUUGCGAUUGCGAAACCGAAGUAAUUUUCUUGUUUUUACCGAAGUGCUUGUUCUUUGGGCUGGUUUAA